ACUCCAGCUGCGGUAAAUAGACUGAGGCUCCUCACACUUGACUUGAAUGGUCCAAAAUUGCUCAAGGUAGGCACAAAGAAAAAGGGAUGCUCAGGACAAACCUACACGCUCGAAUAUGUCACUGAAAAAUCCAAGUUUGACGAAGUUGUUGUGCAAGAUGGCGUCCAGGUUUUGAUCGACUCCAAAGCACUUUUUUCACUGAUAGGAUCUGAGAUGGACUAUGUAGAGGACAAGCUAUCUGCUCAAUUUGUUUUCAAUAAUCCAAACGUCAAGGAAAUGUGUGGAUGUGGCCAAAGCUUUAUGACCUGA